AUGCUUAAGGGCCCAUGGUGGCGCGUGCACACACACACACCGACUCUACGUGCCACGCGAUGGUUUAGCAGAAUCGAUGCAGUCAAACCAUUAGGGUACCAUCUAGAAGAAAUAUUUGAUGCUUUGCUGGAAAUAUCUGAUAAUAAUUCGUCAGAAUGGGACUAUGCAACAUCUCACAAAGCUCAUUCGCUUGCGCUGAGCAUUCAAAAUUAUAGAUUUACUUGCUCGAUAAUAAUUUGUACAAUCGCUUUGGAUUCGAUUUGACACUCGGAAUCGCAGAAGUAGUUCAACGGAUUGGAUGUUAUCGAACCCGUUCCAGUGAUUCACCGACACAGAAAGAACUCAGCGUACAUGGGGUGGCGAAGUCGGCAUUGCACGCGGGCGUUCAAACAAAUAGCAGCGGGCCUAUGUACAAUGGACUGGGAUAUGUCUCGGGGUCACUCAGAAUGUUUUUUUUUUCAGUUAACACAGCAAUGAAGUUUUACAUGUUUUAAUCUUUAAUAUCAUUACACUAGUGAAUUAUGAAUGCCAUGUACUUCUUUUGUUCUCAUAUACAAUAUUGCAUUUAUGAGCAUUUUCCAUGGUUUUCUUGCAAGCUGGCAUUAACCAAAUAGAACACAAUGGAUUUAAGAAGCAAUAAUAGGCUAAAUUAUAGAAGUUCCAAUGAGGUUGAAAAGUAGACGAAAUCGUAAAUCCGCCCUUGUUAUACAUUCA